AUGAAGAAUACCACUGGAGAUCUUUUUGGACCUUAUCUAUUGACUAAGACUUUGGGAGAAGGUGCAUGUGGAAAAGUUAAACUUGGAAAGCAUAGAGAAAGUGGUGAAGAGGUGGCAGUUAAAUUGAUCCAUAAAGGAGUUGGAUCUUCCAAGUUAACUAAUAUUGAAAGUAUUAAAAGAGAAAUUGAUAUUUUAAAGAGCGUACAACAUCCUAGUAUUAUUAAGUUAAUAGAUGUUAUUGAAAUAAAUGAUUAUAUGGGAAUAGUCCUUGAGUAUAUUCCAGGAGGUGAGCUCUUAAGUUAUGUUGAAAGAAGACACUACUUGGAUGAAGUAGAAGCUUGCAGACUUUUUAAGCAGCUUAUUCAAGGAGUUGAUUAUUUGCACCAAGGGAAUAUUUUAUAUCGUGAUCUUAAGCUGGAGAAUCUAUUAUUAGAUGCAGCUCAAAAUCUAAUUAUUACAGAUUUUGGAUUCGCGAGAAAAUUUGAAGAUUCUGAUCGAAUAGGAAGUCCUUGUGGAACACCUUAUUUCCUUGCACCAGAAAUCUUGCAAGAGGGACUUUAUGCUGGAAGAGCUGCUGAUAUCUGGAGUUGCGGCAUUAUCUUAUAUAUCAUGUUGGUAGGAGCUUAUCCAUUUAAUUCCAAUGAGAAAAUUGAAGGUAUUGAUGGUAUUAGAGCUCUCUAUGCACACAUUAGUGCAACAACAUUGACAUUUCCUGAACAUAUAAGUUCAGAAGCAGAAGAUUUGUUGAGAAUGAUGUUGGUUGUUAAUCCAACAGAUAGGUGUGAUAUGGAAAUGAUCAAAUCCCAUAGUGUUAAUGGGAUUCACAAAUCUUCUGAAGUUCUUCUCAGCAUUCCUAUUCGAAAGAGACCAACUGUUAGAAUCACUACUGGCAGCAAUUGGAUUACUGUGCCUACUAGAAAGCGCAGGUAUAAUGAAACUGAUAAUAAUAAUGAUGAUUCAACAAUUGCUGAACUUAGAAAGCUUAAAAAGCGAGUAAAAGUUUUAGAAACCCACAUUGCUAAGUGUAAAAAAUGGGAAAAUGUUACUACUACAGUAGUUGGAAUGAUGGCUGGUGCUCUUAGUUAUGGAAUUGGUGCUUUAAUUUUUGCAUACCAUUAA